AUGUCUGGCAAGGGUAAAGCUACGGGUGGCCGCGGUGCCAAGGGCAAGGCCUCGUCGCGCUCGUCGAAGGCCGGCCUCCAGUUCCCGGUCGGUCGUGUCGCUCGCUUCCUCAAGAAGGGCCGCUUCGCCCAGCGCAUCGGCGGUGGUGCCCCGGUCUACCUCGCCGCUGUCCUCGAGUACCUCUGCGCCGAAAUCCUCGAGCUUGCCGGCAACGCCGCCCGCGACAACAAGAAGUCGCGUAUCAUCCCGCGCCACAUCCAGCUCGCGGUCCGCAACGAUGAGGAGCUCAACAAGCUCCUCGGCGACGUGACGAUCGCGUCGGGCGGUGUGCUCCCCAACAUCCACAACAUCCUCCUCCCCAAGAAGACGUCGCUCCCGACCAAGGAGGCCAAGUCCACGAAGGCGUAAAUUCGUGCACCUGCAUCACCCGGAAGCUUUCGCUUCCAUCUCACCUGGCUUUUCUAAAAGCCACCCACUUUCCAAGAAGUAUCGCCAUCGGCUGCUGCGAAUAGCAGGCUCGACUUAGUAGCGUAGUGACUAACUACGACCUGGGCGUCCGUACCAACAGCAGCACGAGCAGGCCAGGAACAUUGCCUCCGUCUCGUCGUCCUUUCACUGCAUUCUGCAAACAAGAAACCUACGUUAUUAUGCAA